AAGUAAUACGAUUCCUGUUUCAGGAUAUUUUCACGACAUUAGUAGAUGCUCAGUGGCGCUGGACUUUGCUAGUAUUUUCCAUGAAUUUUUUACUAUCUUGGCUUGGUUUUGCUAUCGUUUGGUGGUUAAUAGUCUACAGCCAUGGUGAUUUCAACAAUGAUGACUUUUCUGCUGCCAAUAAAACAUUGACACCGUGUGUUGAAGAUAUUCAUAGUUUCACUAGCUGUUUUCUUUUUUCCGUUGAAACUCAGCAUACUAUCGGGUAUGGCUCGAAGCAUACUACAGAAGAAUGCCCAGAAGCUAUUUUUGUGAUGUGUAUUCAAUCCAUGACCGGAGUUAUCCUUCAAGCAUUCAUGGUAGGAAUUGUAUUUGCAAAACUAUCCCGGCCGAAAAAAAGGACACAAACUCUCCUAUUUUCUCGAAACGCAGUUAUUUGUCAAAGAGAUGGACUACCAUGCUUAAUGUUCCGAGUAGGAGACAUGAGAAAAAGUCAUAUUAUUGAAGCUCAUAUUCGUGCUCAAAUGAUUAAAAAAAAAGUUACUAGAGAAGGAGAAUCACUUCCUUUUUUUCAAACUGAAUUAAAAGUUGGCGGUGAUGGCGAAGAAGACAAAAUCUUUUUUAUUUGGCCAACAACGAUUAUUCAUAAAAUUGAUCAAUUCUCACCACUGUAUUAUCUCUCGGCAAGUGAUAUGCUGAGAGAACGAUUCGAAAUCAUAGUUAUGCUAGAAGGGGUGAUCGAAUCUACUGGUAUGACAACACAAGCAAGAAGUUCGUAUCUUCCAUCUGAAAUUUUAUGGGGUCAUCGAUUUGAACACAUGAUAUCAUUCAGAAAAGAAACUGGAGAAUAUGAAGUUGAUUACAUGCUUUUUAACAAUACGUAUGAAAUUGACACGCCUCUAUGUUCCGCAGCUCAACUAAUUGAAGUCAGGGAAAAUAACGACAAUCACCAAGGUUAGUUUUAUUUCAUUAUUGUUAUCUAC